CAGUCAGACGUGUGCGCGCGGCCGAGUGCGUCGAGUCUGUAACCCGAGCUCAGAGACAGCAGUCUGACUUAGUUGUCGUUCACUGUGUGCUGGAACAAACACGGAUGGACCCACACGUUAACUUUUUAUGAAGAUAUCACUGUAACUUAAUUAGCUGAAUCGCCAUGAAGGCCCAGGACUGGUUUAUUGUCACCUGCUGCCUCUGUGCCCUGAGCGCAAUCGCAGGUGCAACAGAAGCAGAAAAUCAGCUGAUGAAGAAACUGUUUUCUUCAUACAAUAUUAAAGUGCGUCCUGCAAGGAGCCCAGAGGAAAGAGUCGUUGUGAGGAUAGGCAUGACCCUUUCAUCAUUCGUCAGCCUGAACAUGAAAGAUGAGGAGAUGAACACUAUUGUUAUAAUGAACUUGGAGUGGAAUGAUUAUCGCCUGUCCUGGAACCCAAAAGAUCAUGGGAAAAUUGAUGUGUUGCGCAUCCCAUCUGGAAAAUUGUGGCUUCCUGAUAUUGUUCUCAUUAAUAACAAUGAUGGCGUAUUUGGUGUAGCUCUACAGGUCCACGUGCAGGUCUACAGUAACGGCCGUGUGACGUGGACUCCACCAGCUCUUUUCAAGAGUUCCUGCGGGGUAAAGGUGACAUACUUUCCUUUCGACUGGCAAAAUUGCACCAUGGUUUUCCACUCGUAUACAUAUGAUUCCUCAGAAGUGGAUCUGCAGCAUGGCCUUGAUAAGAAAGGAAAUGAAAUCCGAGAGAUAAUCUUCGACACAGGCUUUAGUGAGAGUGGCGAAUGGCACAUUCGUCACAAGGUUUCUAGGAAGAAUGUGCGAGAGGACCUGUAUGAGGACAUCACCUUCUACCUGAUCAUCGAGAGGAAGCCCAUGUAUUACGUGUUUAACAUCGUCCUGCCCUGUAUCCUCAUCACCAUCAUUGCCAUCUUUAACUUCUACUUGCCACCUGAUGCAGGGGAGAAGAUGGGCCUUUCCAUCAACGUACUGCUGACUUUAACUGUUUUCCUGCUUCUGCUGGCCAACAAAGUCCCAGAAACAUCACUGGGUGUUCCCAUUAUCGUCAACUACCUGAUGUUCACCAUGGUCCUGGUCACCUUUUCUGUCAUCCUCAGUGUUGUGGUACUAAACCUUCACCAUCGCUCCCCCAACACACACCAAAUGCCCCUUUGGGUGCGCAAGAUAUUUAUCCACAUGUUGCCUCCUUACCUGGGCAUGCUGCGACCUAAAGUGGAGACCCCUCUGUUUCUUGAGAAACCUGCCAAAAAGGAGAACAUCCAAGCCAUCAGCAGAGUGGCCGAUGAGUACUUCAUCCGCAAGCCCAAUAACACCAACUUUCUCUUCCCCAAACCCCACAGGUACCAGCCUGACGGUCAAUGCACCGACCAGAGGAAGUUCAUUGACGGCCCCAGUCAUUACCUCUCCCUUCCUCCAGAUCUCAAGUCAGCCGUAGAGGCCAUCACUUACAUCGCAGAGCAGCUGCAGGCGGAGAAAGAUUACGAGGCUUUAAAGGAGGACUGGCAGUAUGUUGCCAUGGUGGUUGAUCGACUCUUCCUCUGGAUCUUUGUGAUUUUUACCACCCUUGGGACACUGGGCAUUUUUGCUGAUGCCAGCUUCAAUGCCACCCCUACUGACCCCUUUCCCUAAAUCUUAUGGUUGUUCUCUCUAGCCUUGAACUUUUCACCUCUAAAACAGUGGCAUGAGAUGUGUUAGACACUGCUGCGUGUUCAGUACACAUUUAUGGUGUUGUAAUGAAACCGAAAGAGCACAGCAAUUCAUUCACGCAAUAUUUCUGUAGUUAAAGCAGUCGUAAAAGCAUAAAAACAGUUAUACUGUCACUGAGUUAAGUGGGAUUUGUUAUAAUCACUUAUAUAUA